GCGCCGCACCGACAAGAUGGCGGCGGGUGGGAGCGGCGGGCGCGCGUCGUGCCCGCCGGGGGUCGGCCCGGGCGCGGGGGGCGGCCCCGGGCCCAGCGCCAACGCCGCCCCGGCCCCCGGCAACGCAGCCGCCGCCGCUGCCGCCGCCGCCCCGGCCCCCGCCGCCCCCGGGCCGCCCCCGCCGGUGUCGGUGUCGGGGCCGGGGCCGGGCGCGCAGGCCGCUGCGGGCGGGGAGCGGGCGGCCGAGGAGCCGGGGGCGGGGGCGCUGCUGCGCGAGCCCGUCUACAACUGGCAGGCCACCAAGCCCACGGUGAAGGAGCGCUUCGCCUUCCUCUUCAACAACGAGGUGCUCUGCGACGUGCACUUCCUGGUGGGCAAGGGGCUCGGCGCGCAGCGCAUCCCGGCGCACAGAAUCAAUCAUCCAUCCAUCUGUCCCUCCCUGCAUCCAACAGUCAUUGAAACAGUGCUGACAGAAGACAUCUCUUUCCCUGUGGGACUUACCUUCAGGUUCGUGCUGGCCGUGGGCAGCGCCGUCUUUGAUGCCAUGUUCAACGGGGGAAUGGCCACCACGUCCACCGAAAUCGAGCUGCCGGACGUGGAGCCCGCUGCCUUCCUGGCACUGCUCAAGUUUCUCUACUCGGACGAGGUUCAGAUCGGGCCUGAGACGGUCAUGACCACGCUGUACACCGCCAAGAAGUACGCGGUGCCCGCGCUCGAGGCCCACUGCGUGGAGUUCCUGAAGAAGAACCUGCGGGCGGACAACGCGUUCAUGCUGCUGACGCAGGCGAGGCUUUUCGACGAACCACAGCUCGCUAGCCUGUGCCUGGAAAACAUCGACAAGAACACGGCCGACGCCAUCACUGCAGAGGGCUUCACAGACAUCGACCUGGACACGCUGGUGGCCGUGCUGGAGCGGGACACCCUGGGCAUCCGCGAGGUGCGCUUGUUCAACGCUGUCGUCCGCUGGUCUGAGGCUGAGUGUCAGCGGCAGCAGCUGCAGGUGACGCCUGAGAACAAGCGGAAGGUUCUGGGCAAGGCGUUGGCCCUCAUCCGCUUCCCGCUGAUGACCAUCGAGGAGUUUGCUGCAGUGUCUUCUGCGUGCUUGGGGUCUGCCCAGCCUUCCCUACCCGCCCCUGUGCCCUCAGGGCCCGCACAGUCGGGCAUCCUGGUGGACCGCGAGGUGGUCAGCCUCUUCCUGCACUUCACCGUCAACCCCAAGCCACGCGUGGACUUCAUUGACCGUCCACGCUGCUGCCUCCGCGGGAAGGAGUGCAGCGUCAACCGCUUCCAGCAGGUGGAGAGCCGCUGGGGCUACAGCGGCACGAGCGACCGCAUCAGGUUCUCGGUCAACAAGCGCAUCUUCGUGGUUGGCUUCGGGCUCUAUGGCUCAAUCCACGGCCCCACCGAUUACCAAGUGAACAUCCAGAUCAUCCACACAGACAGCAACACGGUCCUGGGCCAGAACGACACAGGCUUCAGCUGUGACGGCUCCGCCAGCACCUUCCGAGUCAUGUUCAAGGAGCCGGUGGAGGUGCUGCCCAAUGUCAACUACACGGCCUGCGCCACGCUCAAGGGCCCGGACUCCCACUACGGCACCAAGGGCCUGCGCAAGGUCACCCACGAGUCGCCCACGACUGGGGCCAAGACGUGCUUCACCUUCUGCUACGCGGCCGGGAACAACAAUGGCACGUCCGUGGAGGACGGGCAGAUCCCUGAGGUCAUCUUCUACACCUAGGCUGUCCCAUCCCACGCCACACCCGCUGCUCCCCCUGCCUCGGUCCCGGGCGCCAGGAGGGCUCCUCUGUUCCGAGGUGGCGGAUGGGCAGGGCAGUGGGAGACAACCCCUCAGGACUUGGGGGGCAGGGCCGGCCUGACCCUGCCCUGAGCCGAGGGUCCGCCCACUGCCCCUGCAGCUCAGGGUUGCCUGACCAGCUGCCCGACCAUAGGAUUCGUGUAGGGUGUUGCCUCGUGUUUGUUUCAGCUGCACGUGGCAAUGCAUCUUGGAUUCCCGUUUCUCUGGUAGGAGACCACGUACGGGGCCCCUAGCGGGCCUGGGUCCUGCAUUCCUCUGUUCUGUUCACUGGGGACACUCAGACCACCCUGACCCACCCCUAGGAUGCGGGCUCAAGCCCUCCCGAGGUCCUGCGGGCCAGCUUCCUGCCAGCCCCAGGCCCAGCCCGUGGGCCCAGUGAAGGACCAUCCCUGUCCAGCCCUCCUGGACGGCCCCUCCCAGCCCCUGCAGCUGUGGACACGGGCGGCAGACCCUGUCUGCCUGGGAAGGGCGAGGCUGCGGGCCACACACGGGGGCCGCAUCCCAGCUGGCCCACCUGCACAUCCGGUAGCCCCACUCCCGGCCCCCAGCGAGCACUCUGCACAGAGGUGCUGGAGGGCACAGCCCCUCCCUGACCCCCAGGUACUGUCCCCUCCCCACCCCCAUGCUUCCACCUGGAGCCUGUGUCCUCCCCGAAGCCAUGGAAGGUGUGUCCUCACACCACACCCCAAAAUGUUUUUUUUUUUAAAUAAAGGAAAGAAACUUA